AUGGCGCCUCCCACCUUCCUCGGCCUGUCAGGGCGGCCGCUCUCCCUGCUCGUGUCCGUCAUCGCGACUACGGGUUUCCUGCUCUUCGGAUACGAUCAAGGUGUCAUGAGCGGCAUCAUCACCGCAGCGCCCUUUAACAACAUGUUCGAACCGACCAAGAACAACAGCACCAUGCAGGGGUUCACCACGGCCAUCUACGAGGUCGGGUGUCUCUUCGGCGCCAUGCUCAUCCUCGGGGUCGGCGACCUGCUCGGCCGGCGUCGCGUCAUCAUCAUGGGCGGCCUCGUCAUGACCCUCGGCGUGCUCAUCCAGAUCACCGCCAUCCACGGCUCGUCCCCGUUCGCGCAGUUCAUCGUCGGCCGCGUGGUCAUGGGCGUCGGCAACGGCAUGAACACGUCCACCAUCCCGACGUACCAGGCCGAGUGCUCGCGCACCACGAACCGCGGCCUGCUCAUCUGCAUCGAGGGCGGCGUCAUCGCCUUCGGCACCUGCAUCGCGUACUGGAUCGACUACGGCGCCAGCUACGGGCCGGACGAGCUGACGUGGCGCUUCCCCAUCGCCUUCCAGAUCGUCUUCGCGCUCAUCAUCUCCGUGCCCAUGUGGUUCCUGCCCGAGUCGCCCCGCUGGCUGCUCACCCACGAGCGCUACGAGGAGGCCGAGAUCGUCAUCGCCGCCCUGCGCGGCUACGAGCUCGAGAGCACCGAGACGGCCCUGGAGCGCGACGUCAUCGUCGACUCGAUCCGCGCCUCGGGCGGCUUCUCCAAGUCGACGCCGUACAGCACCCUCUUCACCAACGGCAAGACGCAGCACUUCCGGCGCAUGAUGCUGGGCGCGUCGUCGCAGCUCAUGCAGCAGAUCGGCGGCUGCAACGCCGUCAUCUACUACUUCCCCAUCCUGUUCGAGGAGUCCAUCAUGCCGGGCAACCGCAACCUGUCGCUCAUCCUCGGCGGCGUCAACAUGAUCGUGUACUCCAUCUUCGCCACCGUGUCGUGGUUCAUCAUCGAGCGCGUGGGCCGCAGGAAGCUGUUCCUGUACGGGACCAUCGGCCAGAUGACCUCGAUGAUCAUCACGUUCGCGUGCCUGAUCCCGGGGACGCAGACGGCGGCCAAGGGCGCCGCCGUGGGGCUCUUCACGUACAUCGCCAGCUUCGGCGCCAGCUGGCUGCCGCUGCCGUGGCUGUACCCGGCCGAGGUGAACCCCAUCAAGACGCGCGCCAAGGCCAACGCCGUGUCGACGUGCACCAACUGGCUCUUCAACUUCCUCAUCGUCAUGGUGACGCCCAUCAUGAUCUCCAACAUCGGCUGGGGCACCUACCUCUUCUUCGCCGUCGUCAACGCCUGCUUCCUGCCCGUCAUCUGGUUCUUCUACCCGGAGACGGCCCGCCGCUCGCUCGAGGAGAUCGACAUCAUCUUCGCCAAGGGCAGCGUCGAGAACAUGUCGUACGUCCGCGCGGCCAAGGAGCUGCCCUACCUGACCGACGAGGAGGUCGAGCGCGAGGCCAUGCGCUACGGCCUCAUCGAGACCGUCGAGAGGGUCCACCAGCACCACAGCGUCGCCGACCCGGAGAAGACCGCCGCGGGGCGCAAGUCGUCCGACUCGGAGAAGGCAUACGCCGUGCAGAACCGCAGCGGCGACAGCUCCGACGACGUCGACGGCGCCGCGGCCACGAGUGGCCUGAGCACUCACUAA